AUGUCGCAAUGGAUCGAGCCUGGCAAGGAGUCUUUCCACGCCGAUGUCUCUGUUACUGAGGUAAGGUCGGCAGAAGUGUCGGUCACAGGGGAUCCAAAACCCCGAUCAUUCCUCGGCUCUUUACGAAAGCACAGAACAGCAUUACUAUGGUGCCUUUACAUACUAUGGUGUGUGCUUGCCAACAAUUACGCAAAGACAGCCGGGCAGUCUGUGCUCGGUAUCCCGCAGUUCAGGAAGGACUUUGGCAAUGCCUACAAUGGCAACUACGUCCUUUCCGCCAAGUGGCAGUCCGCGUACUAUGGUGCUCCCCAAGCAGCAUCCGUCAUGGGAGCCUUAGGUGCCGCGUGGAUUGCCGAUAAACUCGGUCGACGGGCGUCACUUGCCUUCCUGUUCGGCGUCAGGCUUGUCUCAGUCACUUUGGAAUACAUUGCCACCACUAACGAGGUCUUCUUCGCCGGGCGCUUUCUAGGCGGCUUUUCGACCGGCGGGACGAACUCGAUCUGCAUGGCGUACAUCGGAGAGAUCACCCCGUUACCACUACGUGGAGUGCUGACAGCGGCCAUGCCCAUCGCUCUCAUCACAGGUUCGCUAUCGUCUGCCCUGGUUGUCAACUUCACAGGUGGUCAGCCUACGCGCUGGGCUUAUCGGAUUGCUUUUGUCUCCGGGUAUGGCUUUAUGGGCAUUGCCGUGUUUGUGCUACCCUUUCUGCCAGAGUCACCAUGGUGGCUAGCCAGUCAUGGCAAACCAGACAAGGCAAUGAGGGCUCUCCGGAAGAUCGGCUUUACCGACGACACCGAAGCCGACAUUAAGAUGGCCGAGAUCAAACGUGUCUUGGCCACGACCGAGGAAGAGACCUCCGGAGCGACCUACGCCGAAUGCUUCCGCCGUUCCAACCUGCGACGCACCAUCAUCGCAGCGAUGCCGUUGACCAUCCAGACCUUCUCUGGCGUCACAUUUGUGGGCUCCUACAGCACGUACUACCAGCAGCUUGCCGGUUACAGCGCCGCGGCCAGCUUCAAACUGUUCAUUGUCCAACAGAUCCUGUCCGGCGCGGGCAACGUCGUCUCUUGGUACCUCGUCGACAGCGUGGGACGGCGACGAUUGACGCUGGGGGGUAUGAUCAUUUUGACGACACUCCUCUUGAUCACCGGAGGCCUCGCCGUCUCAGCCACCCCCGGCGCCAUCAGAGGCACCAUCGCGCUCCUCCAACUAUUUGCAUUCGUGUACAACGCCACCAUCGGCGCGACCGCAUAUACCAUCAUGACCGAGAUACCCACGGCCCGACUACGAGCCAAAACUGCGUCCCUCUCCGUCGGGUUGCAGAGUGCGUUAUUCACCAUGUGGGGUUUCGUCCUGCCAUACCUCUUCAACCCGGACAAAGCCAAUCUGGGGGCCAAAGUCACCUUCAUCUUCGGCGCGCUGUCGGUGCUGUCGAUUGUCUAUCUGUGGGUUUAUCAGCCCGAAUCGGCGGGCUUGAGCUACGAGCAGUUGGACGAGCUGUUCAUUGGCCGGGUCGAGGCGCGGAGGUUCAAGGAGAAGAACAGGGACAUGAGUUGUUUGGGCGACAGCAGUAGCAAGGAUGGCAGUUCCAGUGAGAAGACCACGCAGGUCGUGUGA